GGUUGAUUGAACGAAUCUUCAACGAGUAAGGGGACGUUGAUUUUCGCGAUAUUAGAAAAGGCUUGUUGGAGGUAGUGACUGAUAUUUAUGUGUGCCAGAUAUUCCACAGAAAUGUCAAAUAACUCAAAUGUGGAGAAUUUGUCACCUCAGGUAAUUCGGCGAAUUUCAAAGGAAAUGUCCGAACUAGUUACAACACCACCAGAAGGCAUUAAGAUAUUUAUAAAUGAAGAGGAUGUUACAGAUAUACAGGCUGUUAUUGAAGGUCCAGCUGGGACACCCUAUGCCAGUGGUGCAUUUCGUGUGAAACUGGUUCUCGGCAAGGACUUUCCAGUAGCACCACCAAAAGGUUUUUUUAUCACCAAAGUAUUUCAUCCUAAUGUAGCAAAAAAUGGUGAGAUCUGUGUCAAUACUCUCAAGAAAGACUGGAAACCUGAUCUUGGACUGAAGCAUGUCUUACUGACUGUGAAGUGUCUUCUUAUCGUUCCCAAUCCUGAAUCGGCACUAAAUGAGGAGGCAGGAAAACUUCUGUUGGAAAGAUAUGACGACUACUGCCAGCGAGCAAAAAUGAUGACCGAAAUUCAUGCUCGCCCUCCAAAACUUGCAAAAGAAGGUCUUGAGAUGGAUCCAGCAUCUUCGUCAGCAGGUACCAUAGUCAAGGGUGUUGAAGGUCCAAUGGCCAAAAAACAUGCCUCUGAGAAAAGUAAAACAAUAGCAGAAAAGAAAAACUUGAAAAUUAUGAAAGAAAAGAAGAGAACCUUGAAGAGGUUAUGAGGGUAUAAUGUAUUGUCAGCCAUUUUUAAUUAUUAGUGAGAUGGGCAGAUACAGAAAUAAAAACAUAUCGUGUAUGCCCAUUGUAUGUGUGUGGGUGUACACAUUUAAUGUGUGAUGUAUAUUGUUCAUUUUAUUGUGAAGCCCCUUAUGUACAAAAUGGAAAAUAACAAAACCUAUUUUAAAACCCAUAUCAAUUGCCAUAUUUUAUAAUACUAAUGUAUAUUUGCAGUAGUAAAAAUCAUUUAGGCUUUCAUUACAUUAUCAUUGUAACAUGAGAAGAAGGUGCAUAGGAAAUAGUGUCUUUUUGAAAGUGAAUUAGCUUAAUAGGUAAAAAAUUAAGUCCCCAGAAUUAUAAGUCCAAGUUUCUUUUUCCUCUGGGUAUUUAUGUUUAGUAAUUAAUCAGGGAUGUACAAAGUGAAGAGUAAUUGCUACUUUUCUGUUUAAUGUUUAAAAAUUAAGAUAUAAAUCUUUGUGUUUGGAUUUAUAAUUGGUUUAUUCAUUCCUUGCUUAUCAUUUGGAGUUUGUGGGAAAAAAAUCCCUCAUAUUUAUACAUGUGCUACUUAAGCCAUCUACGUAUCUAAUAUGUUAGGGUGGAAGUAUUAAGAAGUAAAAUGUGACAUUAUUAAUGGGACAUUUAACAUAAGAAUACUGGAAUGUAUAGUUUUAUUAAGUAAAAUUUAGUGGGGGGGAACCAAUUAUUCUUAAAGCUCAAAUUAGGAAUUUAUAUUUCAAAGAUUUCCAAUUUAGUCACCACCAGUAGGUGCAUUUUGUCAGUGUAACAGGGUUAACUGUUCAAAUUAAUUAUUGAAUAAUCAUAAUUUAAUAAAUGAGCAUUGUUUUGAGAUUUAAGUGCUAUUGGCCAAGUGUAAACAUGUAUGUAAUAAUCUUAGUGCCAACAUGGUUUUAACAAAGGAUAACUUAAGGUUAAUUAUGUAUGAAUAUGUAAACGGCUCUUUCAGAAGAAUGAAUAAAGUCUAAUGUAAGUAUGUUGUAUAAUGAUUCAAACGUGGGCAUGGUCAAAGAAAUGAAUGGGUAUGUGAGAGUGAGCUGUUCUUGUUAUGUUCUUCAUAGUGGGAUAUAGCUGGAAUUCUCUGGUUUUGUGUAUUAUGGUAGAAGAGUAGGAAAAAUUUAGGUUAGUUUGUAUACAGAGCCAGGCCUAAAUCACGUGCUAAUAAUAAGAUUAAACACCUUACUGAAUAGCUUUUCCUUUAUCUGUAGGCAAACUCAAUUGAUACAGGGAUGACAAUAAAUGUAUAUUGUAAGAUACCAGAAAUUCUGUCUUUGUUAGCCUUGAAUUUAAUUGAAGUCAUUCUGAAUUAAAAUUUUAGCAUUACAUUAAAAGUCAUCCCCUUUUUAUAUACAUAUUUAUAUGUUUUAAUUACGAAGUAUAAUAUGUAACUGUGAAACCUGUUUUUAAAUAUUUGUUAGUGCCAUUAUAGCAUAAAACAAGAUCAACAACACAUUAUUGGCAUGCAUGUUUUAUGAGUAGAGAGUGCAGUAUAUUGUAUGCUGUAAUACAUUUAUAUCAUGAGAUAUAGAUUAUUCAGUCGUUUUGUACUUGAUGUUGUGGUAUGGAUUUUGUCAUAAAAUUUUCAAUUCCUAUCCUGUUCUAACAAUGGUGUUAUGUUCAUGAAUAAUUGGGAUACUGGUACGAGACUUGGAUAUAAUGUAAUGCAGGAAACUACUAAUGCUUAUUAUCUUCAUUUUAUGUUUAUUUCUUGGACAACAUGGUGGUUACAUCAAAACCUUGAGCAUUGAUUACUUUAUAAUUAUAACUUUCUGUUCUGAUAGCAGAGGAAUUUCACUGACACACUUGGUAUUGUGAUUCUUUAAUUGUUCACUCCAGCAUUCUUUAUGUCUUAAGUGUGGCGUAGUUGUUUUACAAGGAAAGAAAGUGUCAGUUAAAAUUUUGCUUCUUACAAACCUUCCACAUCACAAAAGGGUUCAUAAAGAGGCAUAGUCUAAGUGUUUCCUAUUAAAAAUUUCUCUGAUUUUUGUGUAACUAUCAUAUUUCAUGGAACACUUCAUUAAACAUUCUUUUGAAAAAUAAAGCUCAUGAUUUUUAA